AUGUUUACUUCGGAAUUGUCCGAAUCAUACCCAACGUCUCAGCUUGCCGAUCAUGCAGAGUUUCUGACGAUCAACCUACCCUUGACCAACCACAGGACAAAUGACAGAAUUGAUAUAUCAGUUAAGUUGAUCUUGCUUACAGGGCAUUAUCAGAUUGCAAUUGGAUUCAUGAAUCUUAGGCAUGUUUCUAUUCAAAGUUGUUCCUCGCCAAUGCUUUCAGAGUUCAAGUUUGGUAGAGAUUCAGUGGCCAGUGAAAAUCUAUCAGUUAAUCCAAUCACCGUGAACCAAGCUUGGAGCAAAUUCAAACAUCGAAUAGCCAACUCCCUUUUCUCAUUUUUCUCUCACUUCCUGGCAUGUCGCUCUCAUUCUCCAGUAUUUCACGGGAUCUCGCGCAUUGCUCGUGAUCGGUCCUAUAUUUGCAACACGCUCUGA